ACGACACGACCCAAGACAACUUAAAAGCUUCCUCUCACGGACCAGGGCAGGCCAAUGAACGCUUGCAUGCGGCGUACACAAGUCUCAUUCGCUACAUCCGAAGCUGGCAAUUCAGCCAGGUACGAGGCCGUGCGUCGAGACACACGGAUCGUCAUGAUGGCCAUGGAGGUCAAUGGAAGCUCACUUUGCCUAUUUAAGUGCAGGCAUCGCCAUUCAGUCCACCGUACCAGAUCAUGAAGUUCGCUCUCUUGGCUGGUACUGCCGUUGCAGUCAGCCUGCUGGACAACCUUGCGUUCCAUUCGCCAUCAUUGCUCCAUCCUGGUCUUGGCCAUGAUGUUGAAGCCCUUCACGAGCGUCUGGUCAAGCGCACCUUGGACGAGAAUGGUGAUAGCUACUUGCCAACUUUGUUGAAUGGCAACGUCAAUUACACAGAUGCCGUCAACUUUACCCAUGGUGUCGCUUCAGGUGAUCCCGACAGCAAUUCAAUCAUCUUUUGGACUCGUAUUGCACCAAGCGUUAAUGAUACCGAUGCUCCAAUCGCCUUGCGGUAUGAAGUCUCAACGAGCCCAAAUUUCACGUCGAUUGCCACGAACGGAAGCAUCUACACAACACGGGAGGUCGACUAUACUGCAAAAGUCCUUGCGAAAAGCUUAAAGCCUUGGACAUGGUACUACUACCGUUUCAAGUCUGGUAAUGCCACAUCGCCCAUUGGUCGCUCCAAGACUCUGCCUGCAGCCAAUUGGACUGGUGAGGGAGAUUCUCUAAAGUUGAAUGUCUUCUCCUGCUCAAAUUACCCGUUCGGCCACUUCAACGCCUACGGCAAUGCAGCAAAGAAGGACGUCGACUUCUCAGUUCACCUUGGAGAUUACCUAUACGAAUACCCACCGGGCGAGUAUGACCUUGGCAACACUACCGAUACCAUUGGACGCACGGACAAGCCUGCAAAAGCCAUCACUUCCCUGAACGACUACCGCACGCGUUACAAGCAUUAUCGCGCCGACCCUGAUCUCGCAGAGAACCACCGUCUAUUCGGUUGGUUCUUGACUUGGGAUGACCACGAGGUGGCCGACAACAGCUGGAGGGAGAGCUCGGCAGAGUCUUCCAACACCAAUGUCACAGUGGAUGGUGUCUCUUUCGAUGCAAGAAAGGCAGCGGCCGUUCGAGCGUACUACGAAUACAUGCCGAUUCGUCCUCACCUUCUCACCAACAACCUUCGUUUAUACCGUUCGUUCCAGAUUGGUCAGUUGGCGGACUUGUCUAUGCUCGACACGCGUCAGCGCGACCGUGACUUGACUGACUUGUACACCAAUACUGCAUAUGUCACCAGUAUCAAGGAUGAUGAGAAGCGUUCCAUGAUGGGUCUCGAGCAAGAGACCUGGUUCAACGACCACAUGCGAUCAGCCAGUGUUCGCAAUGCCACCUGGCGAGUCAUUGGCCAGCAAGUCGUCUUCUCUCACCUCAACUACUCCGCAAACAACCAGAAUGUGGAUGCGUGGGAUGGUUACACUAGCAACCGGAACAGAAUGCUCUCGACUCUUGCAUCGCUCAACACGAGCAACAACAUCAUCCUUGCUGGUGACUCUCACGUCAAUUGGGCCUUUGACCUGACGUUCGAAAAGGGUGCCUCGAAGGACGGCAAUUUCAAUGCCUCAUACAGCGACCUCGGUGUUGAAAUUGCAGGAACCGCCAUCUCAUCGCCAACACCGUUCGGCCGUACAGCGUCACAGGGUACACUCCGAAACAUUAGCGAAGGUCUUGUCGGUCUCAACAGACGUCUCGUGUAUGCCGAUACUGGUUACCGUGGCUAUUUCUCCAUGCAAUUGACCCGCUCAAACAUGACAGUGCAAUUCUUUGCUGCACCUGAUUUGAUGUCUCGCAACACAAAGGAAAUUGCUGGACCUGUCUUGGCAUUCCAGAAGGAUGGCAAUGCAUUGCAGCGUGUCUUGCCAAGUAACAACAAUGCUACAUUGCCUUAUGGUGCCAUCAAGAACACAACGGCUGUUGCUGCCAAUCGAGCUUCGCCAUUCCAAAACAGGAACUCAACUGCCAUCUAGACUCUAGGUGUUAUAUGGAUGCUUGUACUCUAAUUCUAUAAUUCCCUUCUUCUCUUUUGGCUGCUUGAAUUGUACGUGGU